AUGAAUUUAUUUCCUCGUUUUCGACGACAAAGUCAUUCAUCAAACACUUCGAAUACUACAACUCUCCCCGUAGAAACACCGUCAUUGCAAGCGAUACAGCGGAGAAUUCAUCCAAAUCUCAACACCUUGGCAGCUGAGUUAACAUCAUCCACCCCAGAAACGAUACUUUCACCACAAAUUUCCUUGAAGCCUUGGAUUCCUAAAAAAGUCCAAGGUAACGUUGCACACCACAUUCAGGAAUCACAGUCUCCAGAGCCCAGGACACCGACGCCGACGACAGGUUCCCGAUUGCCCAUACCCGCACGGUCCAGCUCGUCUCUUGCAUCCCAUAAUACAAGAGAAACCACGGACAAUACAUCACCAACCGCUUCAACUCCUCCUCAAACUGGAAGUUCUGUCAUUCGCCGGAUUGUUUCCCUGUCGCGUCCUCUAAACGUUCGACCUCCCUCAGCUUGGAAUAGCCUAGCAAAACGAAGAAAAUCUCGACGCCCGAAUGCAAUCCCCCAUGCCUCAGACUUUGGCAACUCAAGCGAUAACGAUACUCCAUCACAUUCGCGAAAGACGUCGGAAACACCUCAUACUCCUGACGACUCGGUCGAGCGAUUUCCAGGCGAUGAGACUUCCCAUAGUCGCUCUUCCUCCAAUACACAGCCAAAGAACCUAUCUCCAAACGAAAAACCCUCCUGCAGUCUUCGAACCGCGUCACCACCUCAUUCAACUACAUUCACUUUUGGGCGAAAAGGACCAUCGGGCCCAAACAGUCCAGAUGUUCUGCCACCACCGCUAAGGCCAGCGUUGAAUUUGAGCCUCUUCAGUGGUUUAGCCGACGCUGUUGAUCUUGACCAUAGUUUUCGUUUCAAACUGCCGCGCACGGCUGUUUCCAUGCCCAUGUUAAACCCCCAACAGUCGACUAGUGACGAAGAAGAAAAUUCGAAUGUUCAUGUUGAUGGUAGAAUGAAAAGAUUCAUAGGACUUCCAGAGAACGAGAGGAAGAUGAGCCGAAGCGCAAGUGUUGAUCAUAGUAGUUCAAGGCGAGUUCAUGACGACAACCGUGUCAAUCAGAGCCACAGAGUCUUGGGGGAGUCGGGGACCAGAACUCGAUCACUUUAUCUAGACGGUCCUUUCGACGAUUCGAACCGCGAACCCGUUGAUCUAGAAUCCCUGAGAUACCAUCUCUUCAACUCCUUUCGCCACGGUGAUCCUGAAAAUUCUGGUUCCGAGAUGCCGUCCGGCCUCGACUACACGCUUCGAAGCCUUUCUUCAAGAGACGUAGAAAUCUCUGAAGACCGGUCAGAGGUUGCUUUGGACUCAGAUCAGAACACUCGUGCUAGCGCAGGUCAACCCGCCCCCACCUCACCUUUAAAAUUAGCCACCUCUGCCAACCACCUUCCACAAAUUUCUCAAAGUGCCCCUUCUACGGCCAACUCCAGAACUUUUCCAAACCCGCAAACGCCCUCUCAGUCCAAAGGAAAGCGGAAGGCAGAUGAAGUAGAGGCAGGUGGAAACACCCCUCCCGAAGCCAGAAAACAGAAGGCAACAUUUGCUAACGAUCCUCGCCCGCAUCGUAUUUCAGGGGCAUCAGGAUCGUCGGCACCUUCGUCCUAUACCCGCAAAAAGGCAAGACUGUCAGCACCAAGUUCUGCUGUGGCCAUGCCGGCGGUUGGGGAGGGGUCGGAUGGCGGUGUUGACUUAGGGCCACCAUCUCAAAAUGACCCUAAUAGGCAUGCGGGUAAUACUGGAUCGUGGUCACGAGGUAGUCGAACUGGAGGUGCACCACCCCACAGGACACCAUCUAGAAUAUCCCAGGGGAGUGAACACCAUCCCAACAGAGCAGCAUCGGCCUCCCAACAUCGAGGACCAUCUCGUCAGUCUAAUCACCCCCCACCAACGUCCUCCAGGGUACCGUCAAGACGAGGAAGUAUCUCGCAAGUCUCGAUACCGAUUUCUGCCCUUAUUUCUCCCCAUGCUCCAUCCAUAUCCACAAAUGGGAGGCCAAAUACAUUCCAUAUGCGUGAUCCGAGGAAACCGCCCAGGAUACAGCCGACGCCGUGGUCCCUAUCAUUUCCUCAAGUCGGGUAUGGAGAGAAACUUUUUCUUCUCGACCGCCUGGAGAUUUGGUCGAAGAUGGGUUUCUCAUCAGCGCGAAACCGUGCUGGGGAAGAUGAAGAAGGGCAGAGGGAACCCAACGUUGAAUUGAUAGGAUGGACCGAAAGCGGGGGCAGCCCUCUUCAUGCGUGGCUUUUUUUCAUAGGGUUUGUUUUGUUCCCUGUGUGGUGGGCCGCUGCAAUAUUGGCAAUUCCAAGAACGAGAAGGAUCGGUGCCGAACAAGAAGAGAAAAAAAUGACGUUAGAUGAUCCUCAAGUCGAACAUGAUGCUACGUCUUGGAGACGGCGGUGUAGAAUCAUGGCCAUUGUCUCUCUUUUCACAUACGUCCCAUUCAUAGUACUCGUCGCAGUCUUCGCUCGACGACGAUGA